CCACUCUCUUCUUCUUCGUUUCACCCACUCACUUCAUUCUCGCUCUUAAAACAUUUCGUGUUCCUUUCUCUCUUUCUCUCUAGAAAAAUGGGCAUCGUCGAUGGGAGUAGCAAGACACUAUGGGGAAGCAUGACACAUGGACCUUCCUCACGUUACGCACUUAACGGCAAGAUCAUGCUCGCUUCCGUUAUCAUCCUCUUCGUCGCCGUCAUUCUAAUCCUCUGUUUCCACAGCUACGCCAGAUGGUUAUUCCGUCGUCAAAACCGCCGUAUUCGCCGCCGUAUUAGUGCUCAUCUCCGAUCUCUCUCCGCCGCUAGAGACCCCACCCAAUCCUCUUCCCUCUCUCCUCUCGACCCGAAGGUUCUCGAGAAGAUCCCCAUCUUCGUUUACUCCGUUGAAACCCAUAAAUCUCCUCCCGAAGAUUGCUCUGUCUGCUUGUCGGAAUUUGAGGAAGAAGACGAGGGACGUGUCCUUCCCAAAUGUGGACAUGUGUUCCAUGUUGAUUGUAUUGACACGUGGUUCCGGUCGAGAUCUAGCUGUCCGCUUUGCAGAGCUCCGGUUCAACCGGACGAGUCGAUUACUGAAUCCGGUUUGAGGAAUUCAGAACCGGUUCCUCCCGUGUUUCAUCAAUCGGUUAAGCCAAUUGAGGAUACCGAAGGUGGAAGCUCGUCUUCAUCUGACGAAUCAGAAUCCUCCACGCCGUCUUCGUCAUCUGCUUCGCCGGUGAGGUUUCCGACGGAAGCGUGCGAGAGGGAACCGAUUGAUUUAGUCGGUAUAGUUGUUGAGAUUCCCAGAGAAUUGGACGCUUCUAACUCCGGUCUAACCGGAGAUAACGGUUCGAAUUUAUUGAGAGGCUAUGGAGUAUUUGAUUAUUCUAAAAGAAUUUUCGGACACUAAAGAAUCCGACCGGGGAACCCGGAAUAUUGCGUGGGCUAGAAUUCGGAGUCUUUCAUGAUCCGCGGUAUAUGGCGGGGUGAAGACACGUGGCGUUUUUGAGUAUCCACGCGGCGGUCAAUGCCAGAUCCUUGGGACGUUUUCUCUACGAAGAGACGGAAGUGAGAUUAAGAAAAAAAGUAACGGAGCUACUCUGUGAUGUAAAAUACAAAGCAAAAGCUCACCACCACCAAAACGAUUUUCUUUGUUCUUUUGUAGGGUAAUCUCGUUAAUGGUUGGUUACAUAAAUGUAAUUAAAUAAUCGAAACGAAUCAAGGGUUCAAUGAACCCAUUUCAUUGAAAUUUUUCUUAUCACUUAUUUGUCAAUAUUAUUCAUUAUUAACCGAAGUUUAGCCCUACUUGGUUGCAUCCAUUUGUAAACCUCUUUUUAUUCAGUAUUUCAUUUACAG